AUGGUCCCUGACAGCUCUUCCUCCUCAAGGGCUCUGCGAUCAAGUGCGGCACAGAGAGGAGCAGUGGAGCGGUGGCAGAGGAGCAGUGGCAGUGGAGCAGUGGCAAUGGAGCAGUGGCAAUGGAGCAGUGGCAAUGGAGCAGUGGCAAUGGAGCAGUGGCAAUGGAGCAGUGGCAAUGGAGCAGUGGCAAUGGAGCAGUGGCAAUGGAGCAGUGGCAAUGGAGCAGUGGCAAUGGAGCAGUGGCAAUGGAGCAGUGGCAAUGGAGCAGUGGCAAUGGAGCAGUGGCAAUGGAGCAGUGGCAAUGGAGCAGUGGCAAUGGAGCAGUGGCAAUGGAGCAGUGGCAAUGGAGCAGUGGCAAUGGAGCAGUGGCAAUGGAGCGGUGGAAGUUGGUGCAUGUGUCUGCAGUAG